GAAUUUAAUUGGAAUAUACAAAUAUGUAAGUUUUUUACGAGGGAAAUUCACCCCGGCCGGCAGUUUUCGUUGUCAGGACAAUAUGUUGAAGUUGUUUACGACCUUUUUUCAUGGGACUCAGUUCCCAUUUAAUUUUCAAGACGAAAACAACUUUUACUAUCACAAUUCGAGACAAUUUUUGAAUAAAGAUGUCGCAUCUCAAGCGUCGUGAGAAACCCAACAAGGAGACUCGCUGGGAUCGCAUCCGCAAGCGUCACCAGCAGGUGAAUCCUUUGGGCCUGAAGACCGAAGCAGUGCGUCGUCUGAUAGAGGCGGAUUACGUUGGAAGGCGACAGGAGAGGCUUCUGAUCGAAGGAGAAGAAACCAAGCAGCUGAAUCCUAGUGUUAUAAUGGACAUGCGGCAUAAGAUGUUUCAGAAAAUACCACACAAACUACCCCUGGCCACCAUAGCCCAUGACCAUGGCAACUCCCUACAAGCUACCAAGGCGCACAAUCUGGAAGUGGAGCAGCGUUUUAUUGACAAUCAGCUGAAGAAUUUCCGACAGCAGUUGUCCAGACAGUUCCAGCGUAGUAAAUCCCACCGAGUGCCGCCCACCAAGCCGGACUUUAAACUCAACCAUGCUCCCCUGGUGAAGAGCCUGGCACAAGCUGCCCAGCACAUUGAUAACUUCUACAACACUCCAGUUCAGGCCCUGGGUGAGAUGGCGCAGAUGUGUUCCGAAACCAAAUCUGUGGCCACCAAGAGCCUGAUUCAGCAACUGAGAGCGGAGCCGGAGAAGGAGGCGGACAUGGACUGCGAAUGGGUGGAGCAGGAAGCCCAGGUGAUGGAAAUACCGGAGUUCUUGGAGGAGCAAGUAAUAUCCUUCGAUGCCCUGGAGUAUCGCAACUUUACCAAGCAAGUCCAGGCGGAUGAGAGCAAGGCAAAGCUCCUGCGGUGCCGUACUCCUAGCCCGCUGACCUCGACGGAGGAGUUCUUUCGACCUAUGCGGGCGGCAGCCGAGCGUCAGAUGCUGCACGUCCGAACCGUUCGUCACGAGGAGGAACUGCAGCAGGAGAAUAAGCAGGAGCAGGUGCAACAGCCAGAUGGUAAUCCUUCCUCGCUGAAAAGAGAAUCCUCAACCUGCUCAAACACCAGCGAUGGCAUAGACUCUGUGAUAUCCGACUUGGCCGAGGAAGCGCUGUAUGAACUCCAGUUGGAGGCAGCUGAGAAGCAGAAGGAGGAGAUCGACAAGGAGCUGCCCAUCCCGCCCAAGCACGUGCAGUUUCAGUUGCCCCAAAAGAAGACCCCAACGCCGAGCAAUCAUCCUAUUGGGGAAUCAGAAGCCGAACCAGAACCGGAGCCCCUCCUCAUCCGGCGGAUAGAGUUGCCCAAGGUUGUGGUGAAGCCCAAGGAACCAGAGCCUCCGGAGCUGUCCAGCGAUAGUGAUGACGAGUCGGGUGUGGCGCCUACCCACGAGAAACAGAAGAUCAUCGACCAGUUAUUUCAGGCCAGGGCCAACACCCAGUUGGUGGUGAUGCGUAAGUACUUCCUCAAGUGGAUACACUUCACAACGAUGGAGAAGAUUGAGCGGGAGCAAGGUCAAUCCUGUCAGGCGCGAGACAAUCGGGUGCAGAAAAUUAAUGCCUUUCUGGACAAGGUGCGGCAGGAGAAGAAGCGACAGCGCACAGAAGCAGUGGUCGAGACUGGUAAGAUCACCCAGAAAUCCCUGGAGCAGCGCGAGGAGGCCGUUAAGCUGGCCAAGCAGUUCAAGAAUAAACUUAAAGUGCAGCAGGAUAUCAUCGACUUACAGCGGAUCAAGCUGGAGCGCCAGGAGCGGCUUAUUAUGCAACUCAAGAUGACGAAGCUCAGCGACGAGGCCAAAGAGGCGCGUGAAGAUCUAAAGCAGGAGCUGAAGACGGUAAUCCGCUGCGGCGAUCCCAAGGCCAAAGCGAAGGCCAAGUGCUUGCAGCUGAUAGGCAGUCUGCGCGAUGCGCAAGAUGAGGAGAUGGACCAGCUUCAGGGCAAGGCGCUGCUACAGCCACGCUUUCUCCAGCACAUGCAGGAGCGGGCCACCGAGCGGAGUAUGCGUCAUGAGCAGGCUCGUCAGCGGAGGGCGCAGGCGGAUGCUGAAAGAGAGGCGGCCAAGGCUGCCCUGGAGGAGGCCAAGCGUCAGGAGGACGAAGAAGCCAAACGCCUAAGGAUGGAGGUCCUUAAGGAGAAGCGACGUCAGGAGAAAAUGGCCAAGGUCCUGAAGGAGCGCGAACGCCAGCGCUUCAUCGAGAACCAGCGCAAGGCCGUGGAGUUCAGCCGGAGGCUUCUGCUGAGGCGGAUUGGCAUGGAGGGCUUCAAACGACUGCUGCAGCGUAAACGCGAGAAUCUGGUCAAGAGCGAGGAGUUCCGAUGCCGGCUAUUCAAAAAAAACGCCUUCCGUUCGUGGCACAGCUAUGCGGCCUAUAGGCAACGCGAGAAGAUGAUCCGAGCGGAAAGGUGUUGGCAUAACAUCCUCAAACGCCGAGCCAUAUACGCCUGGAUUGUGUAUGUGCAGAAUGAGAAGAGCAAGAUGAUGGUGGCAAUUGAUUGGCAUGCACUUCAUGCCAUGGAACACUGGUUUGGACGGUGGCACCACUAUACCACGCGCUGCCGGAUGAUUGAGGACACCAAGACUCGGCAGGCCAUCUCGCAUCAUGAGUGGCACCUGAAAUGGAAGGUCCUGGACUGCUGGCGACGUCUGCCGCAGAUCCUCAAAGUCGAGAAGGAAACGGAGGAACGCCGCCAGCGGUGGCGCAUGAAGAUCUGGGAGCUACUACCAGAUUACAAACCGAGAGAGGAUAGCCUAUGGUAAC